UGUUGUGCUCGACUGGUGGAGUGUCUCCAGCCAAAUUCCCCCCGGGUCGGACCGAAACCGAAACCAGUGCCGUUUGGGCAGCCGAGCCGAGCGAUUCUGUUCUUCCGCGCCGCAGGGGGUCGUCCGCGAAUGACGUUUUUCUAGGAUAUUUUUGUGGGGGAAUUCCGGCUGAUUUUUGUGAGGAGGAAGAAGCGCUGAGUGUGAUUAAUUGCCAGGUCGUUUCGCCCUGGACAGGUGGUUGAUAGCGGUCAGGGCAGGUUCUCCGGGACUGAUAAGUCUUCUGGGUCGUGGAUAGUCCAAGAGGGUUUCUCCUACUGCCGAAUCUUUAAGGUGGCGUUAAAGUGCGUGAAACCAUAUUGUGGUGAGAGCGUGAAAAGUGUUGAAGAGAAAAAAAGUUUCUUCGCGGAAAACAGAGUGGAAAAUCGAAAGAAAAACAACCCCUCUCGUCUGCCCUUAAGCAGUUUCAACCCGUCAUAGGAAGUUCCAUUAACCUUUGGUGGGGUUGGCACCACGUGCGACAGUGUUGACGAAUUUCGAUUGUGUGUUGUUUACGUUUGUCGUGUCGCACCCCUUAAAGGAAAAGCCACUUUCCCGAGGAGGAAAAAAGGAAAUCGAGGGUCAGUUACUCGGAUGUUUGUGGAGAAAAGGAAAAGUCCCGAAAAUAACAAUGGCAGAAAGUGAGUCGUAAAAUUGAGGAACCCUCAAAAGGGGAAGGGGAAAACUCAACCGGGAAAAUCGUUACAAACAGUGUGGAAAACCGCAGCAGGGUAAAGAAUACGAUGAUGGAGCGUGGAAACUGAGGAAAAUUUGAUUAAUUGAAAGUGAUUUGCGGAGCGCGACCUUCUCGAAAGGAAGCUGCGAGGAAAAUUCUUCAAAAUUUCCCAACGCAAAGACGCGAAAACGUGAUCACCGCCACAGAGAAAAAAAGGAAAAUUAAUGAUAUUACACUGUUGAAUAGCUCGACCAUUUCCCCAGCGAAAACACAAAGGAAAAACCCCGCCGUCAAAAAAAUACGAGGCUUCGCGGAAAGUAAAUGGAAAUUACCCACAGUGAUUACCGUCAAGUGGUGUUCGUCCUUUUUUGAAAGGAAUUUCCGCCCCCCUCGCGGCUAGAGGAAAAUGUGCCAAUUGUUAUUGUUUCAAUUGCUGAGAAAAUGUGAAACUGAGCUGCGCGGAAAAUCGCAUCGCCUUUUGUGAAGUGUUAACAACACACAGAGUGGGCAGAGAGGAAAAUAAAAAGUUGGAAACUUUUUCCAAGCAAAAAAUCGAUUUGCAAAUUUUGUGAAAAGCUCGCACCGGAAAUGGAUAGAGCAGUUCCGGUGGCGGCCGGAAUCAGGCUGAUCAUCGCGUUGCUGCUGAUUUUGCAGCACAGUGAAGCUCUGCUUCAGAAAGUCCCGCGAAUAAUCGAGCACCCGAUCGAUACGACCGUUCCGAGGCACGAGCCGGCCACGCUGAACUGCAAGGUGGACGGCAUUCCGCCGCCCACCAUCCAGUGGUACAAGGACGGUGCCCCGCUGAAGAUUCUGCCCGGUUCGCAUCGGAUGUUUUUGCCGGCGGGCGGGUUGUUCUUUCUAAAAGUCGUAAAUUCUCGCCGGGAAAGUGACGCCGGAGUGUACUGGUGCGAGGCCAAGAACGAGAACGGAGUGGCCCGCAGCCGGAACGCCACCCUCCAAGUGGCAGUCCUGCGUGAGGAGUUCCGGCUGGAGCCGCAGCACACCCGGGUGGCCCAGGGCGAGACGGUCCUGCUCGAGUGUGGACCCCCCAAGGGGGUGCCGGAGCCGACGGUCGGGUGGCGCAAAAACGGCCAGAAGCUGGACGUCGAAACGAGCAAACGCAUCCGGGUCGUGGACGGGGGAAACCUGGCGAUCCAGGACGUGCGCCAGACGGACGAGGGCCAGUACCAGUGCAUCGCGAAGAAUCUGGUCGGGGUGCGCGAGUCCGGGAUGGCGUUCCUGAAGGUGCACGUGAAACCCUUCCUCAUCCGGGGACCGCACGACUCCACCAUCAUCGAGGGCUCCUCGGUGACGUUCCAGUGCCGCGUCGGAGGUGACCCCAUGCCCGACGUCCUGUGGCGACGGUCGGCCAACGGUGGCAACAUGCCCCUGGACCGCGUCCACAUCCUGGAGGAUCGCAGCCUGCGCCUGGAGAACGUCAUCCCGGACGACGAGGGAGAGUACAGCUGCGAGGCGGACAACGCCGUGGGGGCAAUCUCCGCCACCGGAACGUUGACCGUGCACUCUCAUCCCUACCUGGUGAUCCGACCGGUGCCGCAGGUCAUUGAGGGAAUUCGCGAUGCUUCAUUUGAGUGCAAGUCCGAAGGACGUCCCAAACCAACUACGUUCUGGUCGAUCGAGGGUAAUCGCACCUUGAUCUUCCCGGGGACCAAGUUCGAUCGCUUUGAGACGUCCAAUACCCAGGAGGGUUUGACCGUGCUCACGAUCCUUCAAACCACCAAAGCGGACAACGGCUUGGUGGUGAUCUGUAGUGCGGUUAACUCCGUAGGAUCGAUCAGCGUACGCGCACGACUGACCGUGGCGUCACAAGACGAUCUACCACCGCCGAUCAUCAUCUUAGGACCCACAAACCAAACGCUUCCAGUGAAGUCGGUGGUUGCCUUGCCCUGUCGAGCGGUUGGCAACCCAACUCCCAUUAUCUCGUGGUACUUGGACGGCAACCCCGUCAUCAACUCCGAGCGGAUCAACACCACCGACAACGGCACCCUGGUAAUCCACGAUCUAGACAAGAACACCGAUCAAGGUCUGUACACUUGUGUGGCAAGCAGCCGUAGCGGUAAGGCAACCUGGAGUGCCUACCUCCGGCUAGAACCUCCAACCAACCCAAACAUUAACUUCUUCCGUGCCCCUGAGGCCAGUGCCUUCCCGAGUGCCCCGGGGAAACCUCAGAUCGUCAACGUAACCGACAACUCGAUCAGCAUUUCUUGGCUGCCGAGCAUCAAAUCGGGGGCCUCGGACAUCAACGGCUACCUAAUCGAGGUCUUCUCAACUGACAUGGCUAAAGGAUGGAUCUCAAUCCCGUACAAGAUCUCCUCGACCAGCUACACCUUUUCACCCGUUACGUCGGACAUCGCCUACACGUUCAUCGUGCGAGCCGAGAACGAUCAAGGCGUUGGCAUCCCAAGCUUGAUGUCCGAUCCGGUGACCAUCGGUCGAGACAUCAACCACGGCGAAGACAUCAACUUGAGCGAAGCUCAAGCUACGCUAUCCUCCGGAAGCGUGGUCAACCUGCUGGAAGCAAACGCUUCGGACUCUACAAGCGUUCGUCUCGUUUGGGAGAUCGUCAACGGGCAGUACGUCGAAGGGUUCUACAUCUACUCGAAGAACGUCAACAGCAAUGGGACGUACAAGACGCUGACCGUGCUGCACGGUGGCGGAGCGUCUGCUUGUACGAUCAACGGACUGGACAAGUACACCGAGUACGAGUUCUUCCUGGUGCCGUUCUACAAGACGAUCGAGGGAAGGCCGUCCAACUCGAGGACGGCGAAGACCUUGGAGGAUGUUCCCAGUGCAGCCCCGAUCAACAUGGAGGCAGUCCUGCUAAACACUUCGGCCGUCUAUCUCAAGUGGGAACCCCCAACCAAUCACAGCUUGAACGGCAAGCUCAAAAACUACCACAUCAUCAUCCGCGGCUACGACGUGCACAACAUGUCCAAGGUGCUGACGAACAUGACCGUCGACGGGGACUCGCCGAAGCUGCUGCUGGCGAAUCUGUCAGCCGGGGUGACCUACUCGGUGAGCAUCGCGGCCAGCACCCGCGUCGGCAUUGGGCCGUUUAGCGUGCCGUCGAUUCUGCGGCUGGAUCCGCACACGAAGCGGCUCGACCAGGGUUAUACGCGGUAUCCAAUAAAUCACGACUACUCGCACGAUAUCCUGACGCAAACGUGGUUCAUUAUCCUGCUCGGUUCCAUCAUCGCCAUCAUCGUGUUCCUGUUCGGGGCCACGGUGAUCUUCCGGCGGAUACAGUUUAUGAAGCACAGCUCGCUGAACAGCAUGCACGGAAAUCACGCCAUCGGAACGGUCCGCAAAUUUCCGACGCUUCCGCUGAAUCCGAACGGCGUCUGGAUCGACCCCGGCGGUGGCGUUUGGCGUCAGGCGUCCGAAAUCACCAAGGAAGCCAUCACGGACUACGCGGCGGUGUCGAACGCACCCACGCUGCCGCUGCCGGAUUAUGAGAGACUUUCCCCGCUCAACAUGCCCGACUACGCCGAGGUCGCCGGCUGCUCCUCGUUCAAAAACGACCUCGGCCCCCACGGUUCCCCGUCGUACGACAAUUACGGUGCGUACGCGUCUACCACCCUGGUCGGCCGUUCCGUCGCAAAUCAGGCCUCCUCGUCCUCGUCAAUCCCCCCACCGGGUGGCGUCCCCGUCUUUGCCCAGAACCAGUUCGACGGGAAAAACGUCUACUCUGCGCCGACGAGCUGUCAUUACAAUAAUUUCAUAAAUCAACAUCAGCAACGGCAUCAGCAGCAGCUGCACCAGCAGCAGGUUCCCGGCGAGGGUAAGAGGACCGGGUAUGGGGCCAGCGGAAGCAUGAAGAGUCAGAAAAUGAACAUCAUCGAGAACCGGAUGGCGGACAUGAUGAACAACCUCGGUCACAGUCAGGGCGGAUCGAGCGUGAGCUGUAAUCUGAACGGGGCAAACAGCAGCAGCAAUCUGCUUCCGGCGGGAGGUUCCGGGGCCGGGACCAGUGUAAGUGUCCCCCACACGCCCCUGUUCGGCACUAUCAAGCGGUCCUCGGCGGCUGCGGCGGCCGCGGCAGCCAAGUACAACAAAAUAGGCUACAAUAAGGAUAAUAAACUCAAUUUCGGCGAUAAUGGCCGCUGCACCGAGCAGCCCCUGUUCAUCAAGUCCAAGUACGACGGAACGUGGUCCUCGGUGCCCAGCACGGCGGCCUCGUCCGCAAACAACAUCAACAUGAUUAAUAAUUCGCCGUAUCACCAGCAACACUCCCAGCAUCAGCAGCAGCAGCACCAUCCGGCGAUGUUCAAGGGAGGCAGCAGUGGCAACAUUUUGGACCCGCUGCCGCCGUCCCCGGUGGAAAAUAAUGGUGGUCGAAUUCCCGGUUGUGGGGUCGUCGGAGGGCAAACAAAUAAUUUAGAUAAUCAACAGCAGCAGCAGCUACAAAUGCAAAACAGUGGUUCUGGAAGCAGCAACGAUAGUGCAAGUUCGCAAAACUAUUUGAGCAGCUUUGGCAAAACGGACAACGUGUAAAGUUGGACAAGUUAGUGUGUUGUAAUCCCUUGCUUGGUUCAGGGAGGUCAGUUCUUCCGUGUAGAGUAGUUAAUGACUGCGAUGGUGACGAAGCCGAUGGUGGGGUAAGAGUGAUGGGCUUUUGACGAGGUCAUGGAUGUGGAUGAGGUUCUUGGCUGGUUCUGGGUGAUUGUGGGUAAAAAUUGUAGGUUUUUUAAAUUUGUGUCAACGAUUCAUGUUGCUUAGUUUAAAAACGUUACUAAAUCCACCUUGAGGUGGUUGGUGCCUUCCUUGCAUUCAUAAAGUGAAUACACUACACAGCCUCAAAAAAGUGUAUGAAUAACACUUAUUUUUAUCAAAAUAUCUGAGACCCGGGUUCAAAAAAGUGUAUUCAAAACACUAAAAUACUUAUAACUUUUGAUAGGGUUGUCAGAUCUUCAAUCUUUCGUUUGAAAGGUCUUUUGAUUACCCAUCCAACGAUGGGUCGCCUGAUAGAUCGGACAACUUUUUCAUCAAAAUAUUUGAGAUCCGGCCUCAAAAAGUGAAUAAAUAACACUAAAGUGCUCAUAACUUUUGAUGGGGUUGUCAGAUCUUCAAUCUUUUGAACGCGUUGGAAAGGUCUUUCAAAUACCUUUCUAGAAAUAUAUUUCAAAAACCACCCUUUUUACAAUCUUCCGAAGUUUAGCUAAAAUCGUUUUUUUAGCAUAACUUUUGAAGUACUUUUCUGAACUUCAUAAUAUUAACUAGGGUCUUGUGGGACCCCAAGACGGAUCGAAUGAGACCAAAACGGUCCAAUUCAGGUCAGCCAGUCCGGAGAUAAUCGUGUGCAUAUUUUUCGGUGCACGGACUUACAGACAUACAAACGCACAAACAUUUGUUCAGAAUUUGAUUCUGUGUCGAUAGGUAUACGUGAAGGUGGGUCUACGAGGUCGGAUUAAGAAGUUCAUUGAGGUGAGGAAGGCAAAAAUACGAAAAUUAUGAAAAGCUUAUUAUUGGAAUUUUGUAAAAUCUUGUUAUUUAAAAAAUAUUUUUGCCUAUCUUAUUUUUAACUAUAUUUUAAAUAAGAAUUAAAAAAUUUCUUAAAUUUGAAUUGUGACAUUGAGCGAAAACUUGUUAACAGAUAGCAUUAAUUAAACGCAAAUUAGUAUAAUGGUAAAUUGAGCAAUUUGAAAUAAGAUUUAUAUUACAAAAAGUAAGAAAACUGAUUUAUUUUGAUUUUGGACAAACUUGAAACAUUAAAAAUACGUGUAAUGACAAGAUAUAAAGUCGCAACUAAUAACAAACAAAAUACUCAGUAAAGUUUGUGUUAAAUUGGAAAGAUCAAUGUUUCUUCAUUUAUGAAGUAAUUAACCUUAAUUAGAGUAUAACAGUUGCACUCUAUAAGAACAAAAAUGUGGAACAUUACACAUUUUCUGAGAAAAAAAAACGACUCAGAAUGCGUAAAUAUUUUUAGUCACAAUUGUUCAGAAAAUCUGUAUUAAUUCUCAGUAAUAAAAGCAGUAAUAUCAAUCCUUCAAAUUAAACACCUUGUUAAAAUAUAAAAUUCUUUCUGUGCUACUGUGCUAAUACUUUUCUUUAUUCAUCAUAUAAAAAAAAUGCAACUCUUGUUUGUUUUAAAAGAUAACUACAAAUCAAUUAAAAUUUCAAAGAUUUUACGAGAAAAAAAAAGAAAAUUAAAAGUUUCAUAACAUGCACCGAUAAAAUAAAAUAAAAACAUGCAGGAUAGCCUAUUUAAAAAAAAAAUGGGAGUUUUUGGGGUUAUAAGUUAAAAAAAACAAUGGAACUAAGAUUUGUCCGUUAUAAUUAAAAUAAUAUUUGAGGAUCAUAAUAAAAAAUGUACUUCAAAAUUUGGUACAUUGCAAUCAUUUUAUUAACUGUUGCAUACGUUUUUUUCUAAAUAUUUCAUGGAAAAUAUCGAAAAAUGAAUUUUUAACUUUUCACGAUCGAUUAUAAUAAUAAACCGUUUAAAAUUUUAAGUCCCGAGUGACAAAAAAUACAAAUCUAAUAAUACAGUUUCUCAUUAGGCUGGUACAAAUUUUAUUUAAAGUUUAUGUCUCCCCCCCUUCAAAGUAAGCCCAAAAAAUCAGGGGACAAAACAAUAUUUUUCCAAAAACCUUCAAAAUUUUAAUGGCAAUUGAACUGCAAUCAGCUGAAAUCAGUUUAAACAAUAUACAAUAUUUUUCCAAAAACCUUCAAAAUUUUAAUGGAAAUUGAACUGCAAUCAGCUGAAAUCAGUUUAAAAUGUAUUUCCUGCGUUAAGAAUCAUUUUUAGCAUGUUUGGGUUGAUUUUAAGAUCUUCAGAAUUUUCGAAAAUUUUCGUUUUUUUUUGCGAAUUUUUUUUAUAGUAAAAUUUUACAUUUUUUGAAAACUAAUGAUUACAAAACAACUGAACAAUGUAUUUUAAAACACUUUUUCUAUGCAAAUGUUGAAACUAUGGCAUGUUAUUUUUUGUUAUUUCAUUUUUUUUAUUUUUUGCCAGAGCCGAGGGACAAAAACUUUGAAAAAUAUUUGCAUCGGCCUUAUAGAGAAAAAAGAACAAUUAAUAUUUGAUUUGCUGGUACAACUAAACUUACAUUUAAAUAUUUGUUAUAUCUUUUUUGAUAUUAUUAAAUUUAAAAAAACACAAAAAACAACCUUUCAGUUUGAUGACAUUUUUUCAAAAACUAGAUGUGAUUUUUCAAUUUGAAAGAUUUAAAUAAUUUGUUGAAAAUAAAUUUUCUAAAUCUUGUUUCCACAUGGAAUAAAUCUGGAGAGUCUUCUUGACCCUAAAAAAAGCCGAUUUGAAAUAUUCAGUUUAAGAUUUUUGGACUGUAGCCUACUCAUAUCGUGAAAUUCCAUAUUGAUGCUUUAAAAAGUGAAGGCUAGUUUACAGAUAAGUAAAGCAAUUCUUACAAGUUAGUUUUCUUGGUAAAAUUUACUUUCUAUGUUAAUCCUUUAUUUAUGUCAUAGAUGAAGCAAAUCUAUGUUGAAGUUAAAUUGGAGGUUCCUUGAACAGUAACAAAGGAUAAACGGCCCAUAUUUUUAAUGAUCUAUCUAUACAAUGGAAUUUCAACUCAUUCUUUUUUUUUAGUUCUAUUGAAACACACUAUUCUUUAUAAAUAAGCGAUUGUUGCUCUACUGUGCAGUAACAUUUGAACUUCCGCUGUCAAGUUGCUCCAUUUACCACAACCAACCAAACAUAAACCAUUCCAAUGAAACCUGUUCAUCAAUUCACCAGGACCACCGUCAGAAUCAGCCCAAAACUGCACUCUGAACCCACGCCAUUUGGCCGUCCCAUCGCAUCAUUCACUAACUUUUAGGUGCUUAGAGUUGGUCUUACCAUGUAGAGAAACGGGAGCCAAGUGCAUCCACAGCUAGAACGAGCGCGUAUCGCAUUAAAAACAUCCCUCAAAACCCGAAACUCCCGUCAGCAUUUGGCGCUCUGAUGAACUGUUGCCUCUUGUUGACGACGAUGGUUGAUGAUGACGAUAGAUAAUGAUCUGUGCGUGAGUACGCGAGGAGAGCUGAUGAAGUCGUCCCUUUGCAUCCAUCCUCUGACCUGGUUGUUCAAUGUUUGAGUUUUGAGCUGCUGCUAUGUUUUCCAGGGUGAAGUUAGCACAAGAGUGCAUUUUCCAGCGACUUGGGGGUGGGAACACACCCCAUUUGAGACGAUUAGUCGUAAGUGAUGGUACGCGUCAGUUGGUUCGGAGGUUUUGAUUUGGCGAGGUACAAAUUGGGACUAUCUGAUAAACUAUUUGGGAUGCUGUCAUUAUUUCAGUUCAAGAAAUCUUUUCAUUUAACGUGUUGCAUUUUGCCAGAAGUUACCAGCUGAAAUCACCUGUAAUUAUCACACGUUUCCCUUCUAUUUCCCAAGUUUUCCUUCCAAUUGUUCCCACACGUCGCCCUGGUUGGCAAUUAGCGUCAGGAUGCUGCUAUUGCUACUAUACACCCGAUAAUGACUCGACACACACACACUGCCAGCUGCACAAAAGUCACGACUUUUCCUCUGUGUGCUCGCACGUACGACUCAUUUUCCGGCUUCUGGGAAAAGCUCACGUUCACGUCUGCUGGCUGCUCACACAGAACAGGUUGGGAUUUAUGAAGAGGUUGACUUCGGGAGUUGCACCUUGCUGUUGAACAACUCGGCCGGGUGCACAAACUAACACCAAGAGUGGCAAUUUUCCGCAAGUUUUUUUCCACCCCACUUCUAGAGGCUCAUUUUCUUUCGAGUUUCUUUUUUUUCGCUCUUAGUUUUGUGUAACUUGAGUUGAGAUUUCUUUUCUCUACUGCAACUACUCAUUCUUGCUCUCUCCUGUUGCAGAGCUAGUUUGAGAGUCAUUAGUGUAAUGAACGAAACAGGGCCAAGUAAGUCAUCAUCUCGGAGGUAGUUCAGAGUUCAACGAGGCGCAGGCCAGAGCAGCGAUACAAUGCCCGGGUAAUAGAGUUGUAAAUAGCUUAUCCAAUUACUGUGCAAGUGCGGCCCCUCGGAGUGUACAGAAAGUUUGUGAAGGGGGUGUAGCAAAUGAGAGAUGGAAAUAUCUAGGUUAGAUGGUAAUUUGUUUUUAAUUUCCCUAGGAUGAAAAUUGUACAGGCGCUAAAGUUUCUUGGAACAAAACUUCUUUCCACAAAGCGUAGAAAAUAGUCACAUCGAAAGCAACUGUAAAUAACAAUCACAAAAUAUACUAGGCAAACCUAUUUAAUAAUCUCUAGCAAGUGCGAAAACCAAAACGAGCAUAUGAACGAACAUAUCUAUAAUCAAAAAUUGAACAAAAAAUAGUUUUCCCUUGUUUGAGUUGGAAAGUGCAUUGCUAGUUCUAGACAGCUAUCAGCUAAACAAUCAAUCAAACAGUGAGUUUGUGCUUGUAAGAUAAUUCUAACUGCUGUCGAACGUGAGCAAAAAAAAAGUAUUCACAAACAGCUUUGUACAAAACUAUGCAAUUACGUAUCGAAAACAGUGAAAAAAAUGCGAUUGAAAAAAAGAAAAAAAAACAUGAAUAAAAGCAUAUCUGAUUUUCCCGCAAACAAUAAACAAAAACAAAAGUAAACUUUUCAUACCGAACGCUUUUUGUAGAUAACAAAAAAAGUAACCUAAAAAACAAACAAGCUGACUCACUCACACAAAAACAACCUAUCACUCUAUUGACUGUGCUUGUUUUUCUCUAAACUGAAGCAAAACAGAAAAUAAAAAAAAGCUGUAACCAGCUGCAAUUGCAACAAUUUUUACCCCUCCUCAAACACACACGUUGGUAUAGUUUAGAAAAGGAAAACGCAAAAAACAAGCAAGCAAAAACAGGAAAAUUGUUGGUAGAUUAGCCCAAACUGGUUGGGGAAAACGGACUGCACGGAAACACAUGAAAAAACAACACAAAAAAACAGGAAACACAAACGUCACACACUCAUUGCUCAUGCAAAAUAAAUAGAGUUAGAAAAAAUAAUCAAUGAUGCGCAAAACUUCCAUGCAAGCUGAUUGAAAAGUUAUUGGGGUAGAUAAGAAAAGAGAAGAGAAAAAAACAGAAAAAAGAUAAACAAUUUAUUACCUAGAAUACCGUGAAUAUAGUGAAAAGGGUGCAACAGUCGGGAAAUGGAAACGGAAAACUAGGAAUGCGUCUGAAGAAAAUAAAAGUGAGAAUGGUUUGGAAAUUUGUGAUUGCCAGCAGUGUCCAAAAGGGGGCACUGCGAAGGAGGAAAGCGUCUGAUGAGAAUUAUUGAGAGAUACAAUAAAGAAACAGUAUUUUAAAUAACAAUUUAAA